AUGGUCCGUCCAAGUGUUCGGGAUCUGCCGGAACGCUUUGUGAAGUUUUUCAAGUCCCUGAAAGCUCACAGUUGCUCGGUAAGGUGGAACUGGGCGAAGGUUCUUGAAGUGCUACAGUCGGACAGCCGUCGUGGAAGUGGGUUCUGGAGAAUAUGUGAAGCAGGCAUUUACCAUAUAAUGUACUGCGGAUCUGUGGAAAAGAAUACAGAUAUUAAAUGCAAGAAAGUGCACUCCUUGGAUAUUCGCGUAAUGGAGUAUGUGGGUGUUUGCUUCUCGCAUCUAAUGCUUGCCGACACUGCCACAAACCGUAUGGAUAAAUUCAAGUUGUCACUUCAACAAGUAGUUUCUACACUCUUGGAUGCUGCUAUCAGUGCAUUUAAAACGUCGGGUUUCCACAUAUCUGUGCUAGAGCCUCUCAUGUCAGUUCGAGAUCCAAAAUUGAAGAUAUUACCUCGUUUGCUCACGAUGGACAAAAUCAAUGUAAAAAAUAAACUCGAACUGGCAUUGUGCAGGAUAUACGUUCUUUCUAGCACCCUUAGGAGUAUUUUUGAAAAUGGAUCAACUACUGUGCUCCCAAUUUGUCUACCAUAUAUAUGCUUUGCCAUUUGUGCAAUAUUUUCUGUAAACAUAUGCGAUCCUCGUCAUUCAUCGUCCGCCUUGAUGGCGUGUGCAAAACAUCUCCUCCAUUCAUUUUGCGUUGUCGUUCGGUCCUGUGGAGUUAAUAUUUCACCCUCUGCUCCCUCUCUCAUGACUAGCUUGGUGUAUCAACUUGAGUGGUCUUCACAAUUUGCUCGAUCACAUCCAUCUAAGGACUCACUAACCUACAAGUUAGCUGUUUAUCGUUGCCUUUCCUCUUUCCUUGACGCAACCGCACAAGUGGCAUCUCCGUCGCUUUUCCGACUUACUUCUCGUAUAAUUUUCGAGGUCUGCUUCGACAUAUCUUUUGCAGCUAGAGGCAGUUUGGCCCAAUCGCUCAUGACUAGCGCAGAAGACGUGAGCAUUUAUGAGCUCCACGUUUGUUGUGUUGCUGCCUCCAUUCGUCUGAUAGAGCUCCUCUUCGUCAACCAUUCCUUCAUAUUGUCGCGGUCAAUGGUCGAAAUCACGGACCAUUCAAUCAGGUCGGAUAAUAACUUCUGUGACUAUAAGUUUAAGCAAGCUCUCCUCUCUUUAUCCUCUGAACUCCAUUAUCUCGCUACACGUCUUGUUAACCUUCUUAGUAAGCCAAAUAAACUGACUCCACCGGAACAAGUGAUAGUAAAACCACACUUCCUCAUACCCUUCCUAAACGCAGCGAGCGCUGCUCGAGACUAUGGAUUCCUAUUUCCAAGAUCAAACGUUUUGCACGAGCUAUCAAGGGUCCUCUUGAAACACAACGACUACCUGGUCCGGAUUAACGCAGAACGGUGUUAUAGACACACAUUCAAGUCCCUCCCUGACACACCGUUUGCCAAAUUAAGCCUUUGUGAUGGCAACUCUCUUGUUUCUUCAUUCACUCAAACCGAACAAUCUUCCAAAUCUCUUAUUUCGAUGCAGCAGGAGAAUGAUGGUGCAACUGGCUUAGAAGCAUGGCAGGAACAGGCCCAACCAGCACAAGAACCAGUAAUUGCGAACACAACCUCCAUUCCUGAUAACUGUGUUUUACUAACACGAGUCGAGAUGACAGGCACGGAUACCUGCGAGGCGCCACUCCAAGAAAUGAGCAAACCUUCGAACCUUCUGGACGAAACCACACAAGCCGAAACACCCGCUCUUUCAAGAAGGGUGAAAAAACGCGCUCACUCGGAGGACCCUCCUCCAAUUCCUGCUAAGAAGACUGCUCCGAAGACCGUGACCCAGACCACGGACGUGGAAAAGGCCCCCUUCCCAGAAGCAUGUUCCCAAGAGGCAGCCACACCUGAGGAAGGUUUGCUUCCGAUUCAAGAUGUUUUGUGUACAUUUGAUGACACACUAAUAUAG